AUGACUCCAACUGUUCGCCCGCAGCAUCCUACUACUGGCCAUCAGCCAAUUCCUCGUAUAUUGCCAACUCCAUUGAAGGUCCCGGAUGAUUGGAAACCACCCGUCUUAUUACGUCAGGAUGCCUUUCAAUUAGAAUGCGAUUUGGAGGAAUCGGGAUUGUUUGAAGCGAUUGCUAAUGGAACCUACAAUGAAUUUGGACACGACCUUGACUCGGACAGCCUUUCGAUUUCGACCCAGCAAAGUCUGAAUGGAAGAUCAAGGUGUCGCCUUUGUCGGAAGAUCAGUAAUCCCAGUACGAUGCGUUAUGUUUCCCCUACUCAGAGUCUAACACCUCGAGGUUAUUACGUUGAUGAUCGUUGUCUUCGGUACCUGAUCCACAGUGUUCAUUCAUUGCCUUUACGAGAUUCUCAAAUGCAACAGAAUCAGCAAAGUUACCAGCAACAGCAGCAGCAAGAAAAUAAACGGGAGCAAGAACGAAAGACAAAAAGGCACAGUGGACUGCGGUGGAUGUUUGUAGGCGGAAUCACAUUGGCUGUAUAUACAUGCUAUCUUGUUCACGAUUGCACCACGAUGCGAGUUGUGGCCCCUUCAGAACUGGGAUCACCUACUUCUACAGGAAGACCAGCACCAGACUAUGUUUGGAUUCCGAUACCAGACAAGGCGUGCUACAAGUCCAGUUUGGCCGGAAGAUUUUUAUCGUUUAUCUUCUCUACCCAGUCUUUUGUAAUGUUAAUUAUACUUGGUAUGGCAUUUCUGUAUGUCCAAGUCGUUGUUCGUCACCGACGCAUUUUUUGA